AUGUCUGAGAGCGAGACCGACGACUCGCAAGCCCCCUCUGGUGUGAGAACCCCGGUCACCGCAAACGGGUCGGCUCUGGAAACAGUACAGGAAGUAAGCUUGCCUAAUUCACCAGGGCAGAUGGAUUCUACGCUGGAAAAGGUCAGUGAGAAGCUAGCCCACGAGGCAGCUGCCAGCGCCGACAACCUCGCCCCCGCCGACGCAAACCGGACAGUUCGACUCAGCAGAGGACCCCUCCAAGCCAACGAGAUGGUCGACAGCGGAACGUUGAGAGUGCGCUCGCAGAGCUCUGCUCCAGUGCCAACUGUGACGCGACAAUCUAGCGUGCUGUCGAACAAGCAAGGAAAAACCAAGGCAACUGGGGAAGGAUCCUCCCUCAUAGUCGAGACGGAAACAGUAUCUUCCAUCCCUCAAGUUGCAUUGGCGCCCGCUUCCAAACUGGAAGCUAGCAGCGGUACUCUCAAGGCAAAGCCGAGCACUGAGACGAUUCGGCCCAAGAAAGAGAAGAAGAGGACUAGCCGGAAGCAACCGACUGUCAACUCUGGCAAUGCAUCCUCCAAGGCAGACAUCUUUGAGGCUAAAGUGGCCAGCGCAGUUGACGAGGCGAACACGUCAGACUCGGAAGAGACAUUCGUCUACGAUUCUAACCCCCCUGAUGUAGGCGACAGACGCCGGUUCCAUUCACGGACUCCCAGCGCUACCUCGAUGAUCAGCCAAGCUGACCGACCUGGCGGCAUGGGCAUGCGCUCGAUUCACGAAGCUUUACAGGGUGGCGCAGCAGCAGUCGGCUUGAAGAAGAGCAUGAAGUUCGUCAAUACGUUCAAUAACAACGGAGCCGAGAGCCUGGGCAUCGACGAAGAUGGCAAAGGUAGCGGCAGGAGCGUUGGACCUGGCUCGGGCAGAGGCACAACCAGGCAUCACCAUCACAAUCAUUUUGGACGGUGGGGACGCCAGCCUGGCAACUCGCACCCCUCCCUCUUUGAUAACGAAUCGCUAUUCCCCAAUGCCGCACGAUCGAAGCUAUCGGGCAACACCUCGAGGCAGUCGUCCGGCCCUCCCAGUCCUAGGGUUGCUAGUUCCGCGAGGGGUGGUCCGCAUGCUCUCGGAAAGCGAUCUUCGAUCCAGAUGGCCCGCUAUGAUGCCGCCGACGACACCACAACUACUGGAGCCGACGACGAGCGCACCCCUUUGAUAUCGUCUACAGUCCGGUCUGCGCGAAGAAGCCGGCGUCAGCCCACAAACCUGCGAAACCUGGAAUCACAGGCAUACAGGCAACAGCCGUCUUAUUUGAACCGGUUCGCUGCUUGUUUGGUGGUGACGAUGAUGCUACUACUUGUCAUUACCGGUGCCAUUGGCUUCAUGUUCGCCACGUCGCAGCCGCUCACGGACAUCCAGCUCGUUUCCAUCAAAAACGUCUUGGCUAGUGACCCGGAACUGAUGUUUGAUCUGACGGUCAAAGCUCACAACCCCAAUAUCGUAGUGGUGUCAAUCGAUCAGGCAAAUCUCGAGAUAUUCGCAAAGUCGCCUCAUGCCGGAACAGACUAUGACUGGUGGAAGCGGCCGCAUGAUGGGAACGAGGACGAUCUCGAGGGCCCGGAUAUGCAUAUACGGGAUGAUCCUCCUGAUGACCCGCCGGACGAAGACACUGCCCCAAACAUGCGCCUGGGCACCAUUACGGAGUUUGACAGUCCGCUGUCUUUCGAAGGAUCUUUCUUCAACAAGGGUGUUUCAGCAUCAACAGGUACGAUGCGGCUUCAUCUCCCAGGCAACCAUUCUGCCGGGGGCUCUGAGCGUUGGGGCCGGAUCAUUCAAGAUGAGUUCGACUUGAUCAUCAAAGGUGUCGUUCGUUAUUCCCUGCCUUUGAGUCAGCGGGUACGAAGUGCACCGAUAUCUGGAAGAACAACGGUCAAGCCCAAUUCUGCCAACGAUCCAUCACUUCGGCCAAACACGACUCUACCUGGGGAGGUACCAGGUCUUGAACCAUAG